UCAACAAUGGCUUCCAAGUUGGCCUUUCUUCUUCUUUCUAUCUUUGCUAUCUCACUUCUGAUCUCCUCGGAGGUCACAGCUAGAGACUUGUCUGAGUCUUCCUCAAAUAAUGCUGAGGUAGACACAAUGAAACAUGGAGAGGUAGAAGAUGCCAAGUAUGGUGGUGGCGGUUACCCAGGCCGUGGAGGCUAUGGGGGUGGCGGUUAUCCAGGCCGUGGUGGCUAUGGCGGCGGAGGCUAUCCUGGCCGUGGUGGCUAUGGUGGUGGAGGAUAUCCCGGCCAUGGUGGACACGGUGGUGGUUACCCAGGCCAUGGUGGCGGUGGACACGGUGGCGGCGGACACGGGGGAGGGUAUUGCCGCUAUGGAUGCUGCGGUGGAGGGUACGGAGGAGGCUGCAGAAGAUGCUGCUCUUACGCCGGUGAAGCUGUAGAUGCACAGCCAAACACUGAAUCUCAUAACUAAAAGUAUUAUGCAUCAAGUAAUGAAUAAAGCUUGGGCUUACAGGUGUAUACCAGGGCUUCACUUUCUUAUAGGAGUGAGGUUUCAAGCCUCAAGUGGUCAAAGUAGGAUUUGUGUGUAAUUUCCAUAUUUGCACUAUAAAGCAUGAAUAUGAUAUAUGCACAGUACUGUGAGAUUGCUUUUGGCAAUCAAGAUAUGAAGAUGCAAUUAAUAAAAGAGAAGUUUGGCUAUUAUUGAUA